AUGGCGAUGGUUCUGCGGCGCCUCGCCGGCGCAUCAGGCUCGCCUUCGGCGGCUGCACUGCUGCUCCGGCCGGCGCUGACCCGCCCGAUCUCCACCGGCUUCCGCGAGGAGCGCGACACGUUCGGCCCCAUCCGCGUGCCCAACGACAAGUUGUGGGGCGCGCAGACACAGAGAUCGCUGCAAAAUUUCGACAUUGGCGGUGAGCGCGAGCGGAUGCCUGUGCCUAUCAUCCGCGCCUUUGGCGUGCUAAAAAAGUGCGCCGCUAAGGUGAAUAUGGAGUAUGGCCUUGAUCCAACAAUUGGGAAGGCAAUAAUGCAGGCGGCUGAGGAGGUUGCAGAGGGAAAGUUGGAUGAUCACUUUCCGCUUGUUAUCUGGCAAACUGGCAGUGGCACACAAAGCAACAUGAAUGCCAAUGAGGUAAUUGCAAAUAGAGCAGCUGAGAUACUUGGACAUAAGCGCGGUGACAAGUUUGUGCACCCUAAUGACCAUGUGAACAGGUCACAGUCCUCGAAUGAUACAUUUCCCACUGUUAUGCACAUAGCAGCAGCUGUAGAGAUCAAUUCAAGGUUUAUCCCAAGUCUGGAGCAGUUGCAUAAGUCACUUCAUUCAAAGUCUGAUGAGUUUAAAGACAUCAUUAAAAUUGGGCGUACACAUACCCAAGAUGCCACCCCACUGACUCUUGGUCAAGAGUUCAGUGGUUAUGCUACACAGGUGAAAUAUGGAAUUGACCGAAUUGCAUGUACCUUACCAAGGAUGUAUCAGCUUGCUCAAGGUGGUACUGCAGUUGGUACUGGCUUGAACACGAAGAAAGGAUUUGAUGGCAAAAUUGCAGCUGCUGUGGCUGAGGAAACAGAACUACCUUUUGUGACAGCAGAGAACAAGUUUGAAGCUUUGGCAGCACAUGAUGCUUUUGUUGAGAGCAGUGGUGCUGUUAACACAAUUUCUGCAUCUCUUAUGAAGAUAGCAAAUGACAUACGCUUGCUGGGAAGUGGCCCUCGUUGUGGACUUGGUGAGGCUCUGACCAUGGUUUGUGCUCAGGUUAUGGGCAAUCAUGUCGGUGUUACAAUAGGUGGUUCAAAUGGGCAUUUUGAACUGAACGUUUAUAAGCCAAUGAUUGCUGCUGGAUUGCUUCGAUCAUUGAGAUUAUUAGGGGAUGCAUCUGUAUCCUUUGAGAAAAACUGUGUCAGGGGAAUAGAAGCAAACCAUAAGAGAAUUUCACAAUUGUUGCACGAGUCUUUGAUGUUGGUGACAUCGUUGAACCCCAAAAUUGGCUAUGACAAUGCUGCAGCCGUUGCUAAGAAAGCUCACAAAGAAGGAACAACACUGAAGGAAGCUGCUUUAAGCCUUGGAGUUUUGACGGAAAAAGAAUUCCAUGAACUCGUUGUUCCAGAGAAAAUGAUUGGCCCUUCUGAUUAA